UCUCCCCACAAACAGACUUAGCGCCAAUCCACAACCAACUGGCAACUCUUUAAAAAACCUAAAUUUCUCUCAUCGGCCUCAAUACUCCGGCCAAUCUGUUCUUCUCAAACCAUGGGCUGCGGUGGUUCAAAAGACGAAAUCGCCGCCGGCAACACAGUCGCCGCUAAAUCCCUCCAAUCGAACAAACCUUCUACGCCGAAUUCCUCAACAAAUCAAUUAUCGGAACAGAAGCCCUCGGUUCCGGUGGUUGAUUCCGUUGCUUCUGAGAAGAAAGAGGCAGCGCCGGCGGCGCCGGCGGAGGCUCUGAUCUCGAAAGAGUCGCCGGAUCGAUAUUUCUCAUCGAGGAAGGACGAGGAGGCCAUUGCUGGUGGAAAUGUUCUGAACAAGGAUGAGGAUCAAUUGCUGGCUGAUUCCGUGUCCGUAGUGGAGGAUUCUUCGGAGGUAAAGAAGGACGUUUUGAUUGGGGGUGAUGGAGAGGCAAAGAUCUUUGCCGAAGUUCCUAAAUCUGAAGAUGAAAAAGCAAGCGCAGAAGGUGGAAAGGAUUCCAAAGGGACCUCAUAUGAAGAAAAGGUUUCUGAAGAGAAUGCUGCUAAGAAGAAGAAUUAGAAGUAAUUAAUUAAUUUCAUGACAAUUACAAAAGAGUUUGUUUGAUUGUUCCUUUAAUUUGUAUAUUGAUAACAUACAUUUGCUUAUUUUUCAUAUGAUGUUGGGUUGUGAAUUAAUUAUUUACACUCCCAAGUUGAAUUUCUUUGAAGGGAAUAUUGAG